AUGGCGACGCUGUGGAAUCGCGUGCAGCGCAUGUGGCGGGACCGGUGGCUGGGGCUCAUUCUCGGCAUGUGGCUGCAGGCGUGCGGGGGGAUCUCGUACGCGUUCUCGUUAUACUCCGCCGCGUUAAAAGACAAGCUACAGUACUCGCAGGAAGCCGUGGACGGCUUAGGGACCGCAAAGGACAUUGGCGGGAACGUGGGGAUUGUAUCGGGUUUACUGAUCGAUCUCAUGCCCGCAUGGGCUAUCCUCGCUAUAGGCGCCGCCAUGCAUCUGUUCGGGUACUCCAUGCUGUACAUGGCGUCGAUGGGGAUCACCCGCCCUCCAUUCUGGCAGAUGUGUGCAUUCAUCAUGCUGGGAACCAAUGGAGCCACGUGGUUUAACACGGCCGUGCUCGUCACCUGCAUUCGCAACUUUGAGGGCGACAGGGGCGUGGUGGUGGGGCUGCUCAAGGGGUUCAUAGGGCUCAGCGGAGCUAUCUUCACUCAGGUCAGUGAGGUUGAGAAGGGGCUGGGAGUAACGGCCAUGGCUGUGAGGGUGGCGAAACUGCUCAAGGGCUUCAUAGGGCUCAGCGGUGCUAUCUUCACUCAGGUCGCAAUGCCUGUGCGGCUGCUCAAGGGCUUCAUUGGACUCAGCGGCGCCAUCUUCACGCAGCUCUACUCCGCUCUCUACGCACCCCACACGGCGCCCUUUCUGCUGCUCUGUGCGCUGCUGCCGCCACUAGUGGCGCUGCUCGCCAUGGCAGUCAUUCGCCCCAUGAACCCUCACCUGCUUGCCGCUGCAAGGAGAGACACUGGCGACAACACCCGGUUUCGCUUCCUCUAUGUGGUGGGAGUGGGACUAGCGCUCUACCUCAUGCUUGCCAUGACGCUGCAGGAAACCCUGUCCCUCUCCCGCCCCUAUCGCCUUGUGUCCAUGGCUGGAAUGGUGCUGCUGCUCGCCCUCCCCAUCUCCCUCCCGUGGGUAAAAGCAGGCAGCCCCAUGGCUUCCAAGCUGCCUCUCCACUCGCCACACGAGUACCACGACCACCUUUCUUCCGCCACCUCGUUCACCUUCAAGCCCUCUGCCACACGCACGGACCACUCCUUGUUCCCUGAUGGCGACGAUACCCCUCUGCUCGCUUGCACUGACACCAGCAGCAACAGUGGCCGGAUCGGCAACACUAGCAGCGGCGGCAGCAGCGGCGGCGACAGCAGCGGCGGUGGUGGCGGCGGGGGGAGCGGCAGUGGUAUGGGGCCUAUAAGCAGAAAGGGGAGCUGUGAGUCAUUUAGUGACACUGACGGGAGCCCGCUUAGGGCCACCUCCUUUACAAGCACACCCGCCUCCCACAGUGGUGCAGGGCGUGCAAGCGAGAGGGUGGGUUUUGAUAGAUUCGUUACAAGCACACCCGCGUCUGAUAGGAAUGCAGGUGGGGCGAGUGAGAGGGCGGUUAGCCCAAGGGGGCGUGGGGGGGAAGCAGCACUAGGGCAGGGCGGCAGCAGCAGCACAGCAGGCAGUGGCUUGGGAGGCGGAAUGGGGGGGAAUGGGGGUGGCGUGGUUGGGUGUGGGGAGGGCGGGAAGGAGGGGAAGAGCCUAGAGGUUGAGGGGAGGAGCAGCCGUGGGGGGCCAUUGGAGGUGGGGCGGGGUCAACGAAGCAGUGCUCUUCGUGUGGGCAUGGAUCACACGCUACUGCAGGCUGCUGUCACUCCCGAGUAUUGGCUGCUGUUCUUCGCCAUGGGGUGUGGUACGGGCUCCGGGCUUACUGCCAUCAACAACCUGGCGCAGGUGGCAGAGUCUCUGGGCUCUGCAAGUGUGGGCGCCCUGGUUGCUCUCGUCAGUAUCUGGAACUUUCUGGGAAGAAUGGCCGCCGGGUACAUGUCGGAGCAGUGUUUGAAGCGCUGGAGCACCCCGCGCCCUCUCUGCAUGCUGCUAGUGCAGGCCGCCAUGGGGUGCGCGCACCUGCUCUUCAGCAUCGGGGACCCUCUUCUCCUCUACCCUGCAGCAGCGCUCGUGGGGGCGGCACACGGGGCGCACUGGACGCUGAUGGUGACCACUGCGUCUGAGCUGUUCGGGUUGAAACACUUUGGGGCUCUCUACAAUACGCUCAGCAUAUCAUCCACAAUCGGCUCCUAUUGCCUCUCUGUCAAGCUUGCCGGCUACAUCUACGACCGUCAAUCCGCGAUCCAACGGUCAGCCUUGCUCCACCUGCAAGGCCUCUCCUCCUCCGCCUCCUCGCUUGCCUCUCCCUCCCUCUCUCCACCCACAACCACCACCAUUGCAAACUGGGGAGCUGAGGCAGCAGCAGCGGGUCAAGCAAGGGCAGUAGAGGCACAGCUGCUACUGCUGGAGGGAUCAGAGCUGCCCCACCGGUGCAUGGGCCCAGACUGCUUCCGCCUCACCUUCCUCGUCAUGGCCCUCGUGUGCGUCGCUGGCAUCUGCGCUCUUCUCAGCCUCGUGGCGCGCACAAGACGGCUGUAUCAGGAGUUUCAUAAAGUGCAAAGAAGCUGA